GCACGUUCAUAAAACCCUAAGAGACUUCCGAAACCUCCGUUCUCUCUGUCGGUCGCUCCUCCCUCCCGCGUUUUGAGUAGAGGAGCAGAGAGGCGAGCCGGCGAUGGACUUCGGCGUAGCUGGCGGCGCGGGUGGUAGCGAGGAGGCCGCGCGGCGAGUCCGCGUGCGGUUCACCACCAAGCUCGGGCCGCCGCUCCGAGUCCCCUCCGCCCCCCUUGCCGUCCCCUCCAACCUCACCCGCAUGGGCCUCUCCGAGAUCGUCAACCUCCUCCUCGAGAACGCUAGCGCCGAGCACGAGACGCAGCCGUUCGACUUCUUGAUCGACGGCGAGCUCGUCCGCCUGCCCCUCGAGGAGUUCCUGCUUGCCAAAGGAAUCUCCGCGGAGAAAGUGCUUGAAAUCGAGUACAUAAAGGCGGUGGCACCGCGGAAGCAGCAGGAUCCUCGCUUGCACGAUGAUUGGGUUAGUUCGGUGGACGGUUCUAAUCCAAGUUAUAUUUUAACGGGUUGUUAUGAUGGCAUUGCAAGGCUAUGGAAAGGUGGUGCUUCAUGUACACAUGUAUUAGUAGGGCAUAGUGGUGCAAUUACUUCUGCUCACAUCAUCAGUGGAAAAGAUGAAAGUGAAAACAGGUUCCAUAUUGCCACUGGUUCAAAAGAUCGGACAUUGAGGCUUUGGAAGUUUGAUGAUGCUGAACAUUUGGAGCAUCCAGUGAAUAUCAGAGAAUAUAAAAUUCUUCAAGGGCACACAUCAUCUGUUCAGAGCAUCUCCUCGGACCCUUCUGGAGAUAUGAUUUGUUCAGGUUCCUGGGACAGCUCUAUUAAGUUGUGGGAUGUGAAGAACUCCGAAGUGCUAGGUGACACUGUGUCAAUAAAGAAGAGGAAACUGGUCUCUGACACAGAAAAUCAUGUAGAGUCGCAGUUGGAGGGGGUGGCUGCCUCAACGCUCAUAGGGCAUUCACAGUCUGUAUCUUCCAUUGUUUGGCCAGAACGCAAAACUAUAUAUUCUGCCUCAUGGGAUCAUUCUGUCCGACAAUGGGAUGUUCAAACAGGCCAAGAGACGUGGAAUAUGGCAUGCGGGAAAGUUUUGAAUUGCCUUGACAUUGGUGGAGAGAGUUCUGCACUUAUUGCUGCAGGAGGCUCUGACCCCAUCCUAAGGAUUUGGGACCCUCGCAAACCAGGAACACUGGCUCCCGUUUUUCAGUUUUCAUCCCAUUCAUCUUGGAUAUCUGCUUGCAAAUGGCAUUGCAAGUCAUGGUUUCAUCUGUUAUCAGCAUCUUAUGAUGGGAAGGUGAUGUUAUGGGACCUGAGAACAGCGUGGCCUUUGGCAAUAAUUGAUUCACACAAAGAGAAGGUACUAUGCGCCGAUUGGUGGAAGAAUGACAGUGUUAUUAGUGGAGGAGCUGAUUCGAAGUUGCUUAUAUGUUCUGGAGUGUCAAUCCAAUAAAAUGAGUGGAGUGCUGAUUUCUUCAAAAUACACUGUGUCCUUCCACUCGAAUAAACAUUAAAAUAUUGCAGACAUGAACAUUCUUCUAGAGAUUUUAACGGCGUCUUCCAGAAGAAAGCAGUUUUAACAAGAUGUGUUUAAAGUUUUGUCUGUCUAAUGAAGAAGCUUACAGUAGAUUUGCUUAUAGCUAUACAAUUGUGUAAUGCCCGAGUAUAUGUUUCUUGAAUUUGGCGGCCAUUUUUAUGAGUGAGAUAUGAUUUUGCAGAUACUCUUAAUGUUGCAUCAUUGAACAGCACAAAGCAUCUUCCCUUCUUGGAUAUGCGUGGGAGGUAGACUGCUGAUAUCGUCAUCUGCUAGUACACUGAGAAAGCUGCUCACUUUUUAACA